AACCCUUACCACAGCAGCACUCUGCCUCUCUCUCUCUCUCUCUCUCUCUCUCUUCAAAGAGAGACAGACAUGGCGGAAUCCAGCAAGCUCCAUGCUCUCUUCCUCAUUUGCUUGCUCUUCAUUUCCUCAGCCUCUCCAAUCCUCGGUUGUGGCUAUUGCGGCAAGCCAAAGCACAAGCCUAUUAAACCUACGAAACCUCCCAAAGGCCCUAUAAUCGUUCCACCCAUUCAUGUCAAGCCACCUGGCGUCAAAGUCCCUCCAGUCACAGUCCCUCCCAUCGUAAAACCACCAGUCACAAUACCGCCCAUUGUCAAACCACCAGUUACGAAUCCACCAAGUCCAGGGACACCAUGCCCUCCACCUCCAGGGAAACCUAGUCCGGCUUCCAAGGGCACAUGCCCCAUUGACACAUUGAAACUGGGUGCUUGUGUGGAUCUUCUGGGCGGGUUGGUCCACAUUGGGCUGGGUGACCCGGCAGUGAACGAGUGCUGCCCGGUGCUGCAAGGGCUUGCUGAACUUGAAGCUGCAGUGUGCCUUUGCACAACUCUGAAAAUCAAGCUUCUUAACCUCAACAUCUUUGUCCCACUGGCUCUCCAGCUCCUUGUCACUUGUGGCAAGAGUCCUCCUCCUGGUUACACUUGCUCUCUCUAGAACAAGACAUUUAGGUUGCUUGAUUGAUGGAUCCAAAGAAGGAGCUAGGGAGGAAAUAAUCGUCAUGAGAGGAUGUCGAGCCUCCCCUCCCUACGUCCAUUUGUUUCACGUUCCCCCCAAACUUUUCUUCUUUUGAUUAUUAAUGGUAUUGAGCUGAUGUUAAUUUGGAUGUGAUAUUGUACACACCAUUUGUUUUUAAUUAUCAGAAGAGUGUUGCAUGCAUGUGUGUUUUAUCUCAGGAAUGCAAAUGAAGCAAUCAAAGAUGCCUUUGUCUUA